UACUGUUGCGCCGGAGACGAUUUUGAUCCCUCCCCAAUCGCCUCCAUCUCUAUUCUCGUUCUCAACUCUGAACUUCCCUCUCUCUGUCUCUGCAACUGCAAACUACAAAACCUACAAGAAUUAGAAGUUCAAAACCCAUAUACUUCAGUUUAUCUAUCUGUCUGCGAGAAUCAAAAUUCCAAAACCUAUUACGUAUAUCAAAACCCAUUUCGGCAUAUUAUUUCAGAUUGUUCAAAAAUUCAAAACCCAUAUCCUUCAGUUUCCAUCGCCCGCUGUUCCAGUUCGGGUUCGCCGUUCGCAAGCUUCAGCCGCUGUCUCUCAACUCUCAAGCUUGCCCCCUAUCUCUCUGCAACUGCUAACUUAGAACUUUCAAUUAUGAAGGAUAUCAGAAGAAGUCCGAGGACUUUCGCAAUGCAUAUAUCAGACUAUGAGAUUGAGGAUGUAGGAAGUGAUGGUGAUGGUGAUGGGGAGGCUCGUGAGCAAUUUCUGGUUUGGGGUAGACGAUUUGCUUGUGAUGAACUUUACAUAAGUGACAGCGAUAAUUCUGGAGAUGAGUCAGCUCUUGAAACCCAAUAUCAUUUGAUGGACAAAGUGGUGGGACCAGUAGAAGGAGCAUUAUUAGAACUAACUUAUGAGUAUCAGAUUAGUAUUACGGAGGAAAUUAGAAACCAAAUUUUAGCAUUGGAGACAGAUCUGAUGAGUGAAAACGAGAAGUUUAUCUCUGCACUUGCUCGAGUUGAGAAACAUACUGAAGCAAGGCGCGACAUGGACAGGAAACUUGAUAUGCAGUAUGAACGCAAGAUUGCAGAAGCACUUGAUAAUCACUUGACUGCUAUUCAGAGGGUCCAUGAACACAGAUCCCAGAUCAAAGAAAGGAGAAUAAGAGAUGAUGCAGUUUUCGAAGAGUCAAAAAGGAUGGAAAAGGCUCUUCAGGAAGAGAAACUGCGACAAGAAAAAAUCAGAGCAGAAGCAGAGGCAAGACUUGAGGCUGAAAAGAAGAGAGCUGAAGAAGCCAAAGCAGCAGCUUUGGAAGCUGAAAGGAGAGCAGCAAAAGAAGCUGCAGAAAAGGUUGCUACUGAAAAUUUAAGAAGGGCUAGUGCUGCUGUAGUGCCUCUAAAAGAAGCUGAUGGGCUCCAAACGGGAUCUGGAUCCAAUAUAAUGCAGAAAGCAACAUCAGCAGGAAAUGUAUUCAAGGGUGCAGCACGUGCUUUAGAGUUAGAGGAAAGAAGACUACAGAUCUACAAUGAAGUAGCUGCACAAAAGAAGGCACUCGGAUUGGGUUCUAAUAAGGAUUAUCGCAGUCAUGGGAUGCAAAUAGCUAGACGGAUCAAAACAAUAAGUGGGUCAAAGGAAAAUGUUAGAGCAAAAACAGAUGAAUUAAUUAAGAUCUUCAUAGAUUCACCUUGGCCUCAGACUACCAGUGUUGCAAUGUUCGCGGAGCAGGUCCCACUUCUUAUGGAUCUUUUGCUUGCUGAGUUGAAUAGAGUUUGCAUCUUUAUCGUUCCAAAGUACAUAAAUAACUCAGAGUCAGAAUUUGAUGGAGGAGAAACUUACAAGAAAGCCAUUGGUUUUCAAGAGGAAGAUGGAAAGAUUGAAAGCAAAGACAGUUACUUAAAGCGGAUGGAAUCAUAUAUGAAAUUAUACGGAGCUCUUGUUCAGGCAUAAGCUGGGGGCGUCCAAAAUUUGGUCUGGAAGAAGGUUGGGCAUGGGUUGCAAGAUUCUUGAAUGCUCUCCCUGCAAAUCUAUACACUGGAAUCGCACUGCAUGCGUUCCUCCAA